AUGAAGAGCUCACUCAUCACCCUCGCUUUGGCAAUCGCCAGUACCCAAGCCCAAGAACUAGUCGGAGGAGACUGUGCUUCUCUUCCACCAGCAUACCAAGCAGAGUGCUAUGCAUCUCGCGCCUCAACAACUGCUCCUAUCCCAACACCAACCCUGAUUGGUGGAUGUGCAGGUGUAGCCCCAGAGUACCGAGAAGAAUGCGAGCGCAGAGCCUCUGCAACAGCCACUCCUCUCAUCGGUGGGUGCGCAGGUGUUGCCCCAGAGUACAGAGCAGAAUGCGAACGCAGACAUCUCAUCGGUGGAUGCGCAGGUGUAGCCCCAGAGUACCGGGCAGAAUGCGAACGUAGAGCUCAUGCAACAGCGACUCCAUCUCUCAUCGGGGGGUGCGCAGGUGUUGCCCCAGAAUACCGAGUAGAAUGUGAACGCCGGGCCUCUGCAACAUCAACACCAACUUUGAUCGGAGGAGACUGUGCCUCUCUCCCACCCCAAUACCAAGCAGCCUGUUACGCCUCCCGCUCCUCCAUUACAGCCUCUCCAACGCCGACUGGAUCAAACGCCACUUUGAGUACGGCUGUUGUUCCUUCUGUAACUGGGACUGCUUCUCCGGCAGAGUUUACUGGUGGUGCUGGUGGGAAUGUGGUAAGGGUCUGGAGUUUGCUUGUUGGGUUGGUGGUUAUUGCUAUUUUGUAG